UGGUCACACUUUUCGCGCUGCACGUGUAAUGUAAAAUUAUUUUAUAUUCGCUCCGCACUUUUUAUUGGAAACUUCUAUUCCGGGCAAAACAGUGUGUUACGAUGAAGUGGACUACGGCAAAUAUCAAGCACGCAAACUACACUGAAAAGCACGAACUGUAUGUGGGAACACACACUGGCUCCUUUAAAUAUUUGGUACCUGCUUCAGAAAAGUCUCCACAUGGACAAAGCAACUUGAGCGAUCUUGGAGCCCUGGGCAAGGAUUCUCGCGUCACAUCGCUGGCCUUUGGCAACGAGGCCCAGACGGAUAUCCUUCUCGGCCGAGCUAAGACCGAAGUGGAGCUGCACUCCUUUUCAGAUGGGAGGCGCUCCAAAAAGACAGUAUUCUUUAACGCGGCUCCGAUCGUUGGACUGGCACGGUACGAUGACAAACUAAUUGCCGGCAUUGGCAACGGACAGAUACAGAGCCUUGAGCUGCAGGCGGAAAAUAAAUCUGAGCCCGUGGUUAUUGCCACGGGCAACCAAAUGGACCAUCUGCGUCAGUGCGCGCAGGUCAGGAGCAUUGUGGCCACUGGCGGCAAGGAGCGCCAAAACAAUUUAAAGGUAUACGAUAUGAGCUCCGACGGCAAGCAGAUCUUUAGCUCUAAGAACCUGCCCAACGACUAUCUCCAGCUGGAGGUGCCCGUCUGGGACUGCGACAUCGGAUUUGUGGAUGGACCCAGUGUGCUGGCCACCUGCUCGCGAACCGGCUACGUCCGCCUUUACGAUACGCGCAAGCAGCGUCGUCCGAUCGCAAGUUUUGCCAGCGACGAGCACGGAAUGAGUUUUACAGCUUUAGUGGCGCAGGGAAAUUUUAUUUACACUGGGACCUCAAUGGGUGCUUUAAAAGCCUUUGAUACUCGACGUAUGAAAACGCAUGUGCACACUUACAAGGGAUUCACCGGUGGGAUCAGUGAUCUUCAUCUAGAUACCACUGGGCGGUACCUAAGCUCUGCUAGCCUAGACCGAUAUGUUCGCAUCCAUGACGCUGAAUCUACAGUGCUGCUCUACCAAUGUUACGUGAAAUCGAAGGCCACCAAGAUUAUUAUUCGUCAGCUGGAAAGUGAGCGAAAGAUAAUUGAACAGCCUGAGAGUGAUGCAGAGCUAGAAGUCGUUAGUAACGUUAGGCAAAUGAAGAGCGUUAGUGCAACACCUGUAGACAAUGAAUACGAGGACAUGUUCGAUCAAAUGCCCACUAUUAACGACAGCGAUGAUGACUCGGAAGGAACAGAAGUGACGGCUACCAAACAAUCAAAGGACAAGCUAAAACGGAAGUCUGCUAUCACGUCCCUGAAGUCGAAAAAAAGAAAAGGUGUACAAAAUUAAAGCGAAAUUUGUUUACUAGUUAUUAAGCAGCUUAAAAUUAAAAGAUUUAAUAUUAACAAAGAA